AUAUUCCUGAACAUGUAGCUAAGCUUGGAGGUGUUUUUCUAUUUCCUCUGGGUUUGCAUUACCUAGCACUAAAAUCAGACCAACCACUUGUUUUUAAGAAAGAAAAUACCCUCUUACAUACACCACACAAAACCGUACCAAAAUCAAUGGAAAGCUUUAAAAGUUCCGUUAUGUACUCUUUGUUUCUCUCCUUCGUAAGCAUGUCCUCCGCAGUGGACAUGAUAACUCCAAGCCAACACAUCCAAGACGGUAAGAAUGAAACCUUGGUUUCUACAAAUGGAACCUUUGAAGCAGGAUUCUUCAGCCCUGAAAAUUCAAAAAGCCGUUAUGUUGGAAUAUGGUACAAAGUUUCUCCAAUAACAGUUGUAUGGGUAGCCAACAGAGAAACACCACUCAAUGACUACUCAGGAGUUUUGGGAUUAGACAGUGAUCAAGGAAUUCUUAGUAUUAUGGAUGGUACAGGAGCCAAAAUCUGGUCCUCAAAUGCAUCAAAGACAGCAAAGAAACCAAUUGUGGUUCAGCUGUUGGAAUCAGGAAACUUAGUUGUGAAAAAUGGACAUAACUUGGAGGGGAUUUUAUGGCAAAGUUUUGAUUAUCCUAGUGACACUCUUCUCCCAGGAAUGAAAAUUGGAAGCAACUUAAAAACAGGUCAGUAUUGGGCUCUGAAAUCUUGGAAAUCUCUGGAAGAUCCUACUCCAGGUGAUUAUUCAUUUCAUAUUGACACUCAUGGGCUUCCUCAAAUAGUUAUAACAAAGGAGGGUACAGUAGUUUAUAGAUCAGGGUCAUGGAAUGGUCUUAGUAUUACAGGAACCCCAGAUCUAAUAACUGACAAAAAUUUUAAAUAUCUUUUUGUGACAAAUAGAGAGGAAGUCUUUUAUGAGAUUGAACUCCUAAAUAGUUCAGUUAUCAUGAGAAGCAGAUUGACUCCAUUUGGCUAUCAAAUACGUUUCACUUGGUCAUAUCAGAAACAAAGUUGGGACCAACAACAACCUGGCCCGUUUGAUCAGUGUACAAAUUAUGCCUUGUGUGGUACAAAUACUAAUUGCAACGCCAGCAACACUCAACCCUGUGAAUGCUUGACAGGAUUCAAAGCCAAAUCUACAGAUUCAGCAGGUAAGUUUGGUGGUUGUGUUAGAACUACCCCACUGGACUGUAAUAAAGGAGAUAGUUUUUAUACGUACGAGGGAAUGAAAUUGCCAGACACAUCUUCAUCGUGGUAUGAUAAGACCAUUACUUUAAAGGAAUGUGAGAGAUUAUGUUUGAGCAACUGCUCUUGCACUGGAUAUGCUAAAUUGAAUGUUAGUGGCAUGGUAAGUGGCUGUUUGCAUUGGUUUUCUGAUGUUGUUGACAUGAGGAAACUCCCUCUGGGAGGACAAGAUUUUUACUUACGAGUGACUGCACCUUCACAGAUAGAUCACCGCGUCAACAAGAAGAAACUAGUAGGAAUAGUGGUUGGCUGUACUGUGUUCAUCAUUGGCAUUACAGUAUUUGGAGUGAUAUUAUGCAUUAGGAAGAAGAAACUCACGCAGCAAGAGACAAUUAACAGGAUGGACAAGAGUCAGAAGGGUGACAUUGAUUUACCAAUGUUCGAUUUUUUAACCAUUUCUAAUGCCACAAAUCAAUUUUCACAUAUUAACAAAUUGGGACAAGGUGGCUUUGGACCAGUGUACAAGGGUAUAUUAUCAGAUGGGCAAGAGAUUGCAGUUAAGAGGCUUUCCAAAAGUUCAGGACAAGGUUUGGAGGAGUUCAAAAAUGAAGUCAUGUUGAUUGCAAAACUUCAACACCGCAAUCUUGUUAAGCUUCUUGGUUGUUCUAUUCAGCAAGAAGAGAAGUUGUUGAUUUAUGAAUUCAUGCCCAAUAGAAGCUUGGACUACUUUAUUUUUGAUUCAACAAGACGUAAAGUAUUAGGCUGGGCUAAGCGAUUAGAAAUUGUUGGUGGAAUUGCUAGAGGACUUCUUUAUCUUCAUGAAGACUCUAGACUAAAGAUCAUUCACAGAGAUCUAAAAACCAGCAACGUUCUUCUUGAUAGUAAUAUGAAUCCAAAAAUAUCAGAUUUUGGUAUGGCUAGGACAUUUGAACUAGACCAAGAUGAAGCAAAUACAAAUAGAGUGAUGGGAACAUAUGGUUAUAUGCCUCCAGAAUAUGCUGUGCAUGGAUCUUUUUCAGUCAAAUCUGAUGUCUUCAGCUUUGGUGUGAUUGUGUUGGAGAUAAUUAGUGGGAGGAAGAACAGGGGAUUUUCUGAUCCACAUCGUCACCUUAAUCUUCUUGGACAUGCAUGGAGACUAUGGAUUGAAGAAAGGCCAAUUGAACUUAUGGAUGAGUUAGUGGAAGAUUCAACCGGUUCAUCUGAUAUAUUAAGAUAUAUUCAUAUUGGUUUGUUAUGUGUACAACAAAUACCAGAGGAUAGGCCAAACAUGUCAUCUGUGGUUUUAAUGUUGAAUGGUGAGAAGUUAUUGCCAGAGCCAAGUCAACCUGGGUUCUACACAGGAAGAGAUCAUCCAACCCAAACAGAUUCUUCUUCAAGAAAUUGUGAAGAGUAUUCGCGCAAUGAAAUUUCUGACUCAUUAUUGGAGGCAAGAUAAGAAAAACCAGAACUGGUAGGGCAAUAGAAGUAACUUCCAAUCUCAAAAAUACCACAUGUGUGGAACAUAUAUAUAGUAAUGUCUCUAAAACUUAUAUCAAACCCCUUUCUUUGUAAAUAAUUGCCAGUUCCCGAAAAAAAAAUUUAGUAACAUUGUCCUAAACAGAGAGUGGUCCAGGAA